AUGAAAGAAAAUAACAAUGUCAAAAAUGAAUUUGACAAAACGGAAUUAGCGAAAUUAGGGGUGCAAUUUGGCGGAUUUUUAACUAAUUUUCCGGAAAUUAGCAAGAAAUUAAAAGAAUUGCAAGGAUUAAACAAUUUUCUUCAAAAAGACACUUUCAAAAAUUUAAUCAAAAAAGAGCAGGCAAGUUUAGAGAAAAGAAGAAAUAAAUUGCAAAACAUUUACGAAGGAGUAAUUAAUUUACGCGGAAAACCGGAUGCUUUGUUUAUUAUUGGACUAAAUAAAGAAAAAACCGCUUUACGAGAAGCCAAAAAAGCCGGAAUUCCGGUUAUCGCAGUCUGUAAUACUAAUUGCAAUCCUUAUUCCGUAGAUUAUGUGAUUCCGGGUAAUGACGAAAGUAUAAAGUCGAUUAGUUUUUUCGCUAGUCUCAUAGCAGAUGCUAUUAAUGAAAUUGGCGAAAAUAAUGGCAAAGAACAAGAAGAAAAAAUCGGAGAACAAGAGUAA